UAAGCUUGCAGACCUAGAAAGCUCAGAUGGGUUUUCCCUGUUCCGACCGGAGUGGGAACUGCCACGUUCCCAGCAGCGCGCUAGCGGGAACGGGACUCAUUCUGGCGCUCGCUCCAGCCGCGUCUCCUCGGGUGCUGCUCUUCCCCGAUGGCACAAGUUCCUCUGCAGCAUAGCCCAAGAGGAAGGCGAGGGGUGCGGCCCCUUGGGGUCCCGAACAAUUCGUCGGAGCUCCCUGGCUGCCUUCUCGAGCAGCCGCUGAAGGGUCUAACAUAGGAGCCAGCCUUCAAGAUGCUGAAGGUAACGCUGGACCGACUGCCUCAAACAGCUCCCCAACUCCGGGCGCUUUUCUCCACCGCUUUGACAUUUAAUUUAGCCAGUGUCUGUCUGCAGUUCUAAGAACAGCAGCCUCUUCUUACCCCAGCCCUUGAUGAUUUUGUCCACAAAGCCUGUUUUUAACAAGAGUUGAGAAAUGCAAUGAUUUUAAAAGCAAAGGAGACAAAGAAAACCCAGCACAGCUGAGAAUGAACUUGUACAAUGUGUCUCCAGACUUGACUUUCCAAAGUGCGGCUAACAAAUCUCUCAAUGCCAGUGACAUGAUAGAGGACUGGGACGAAGGGACGUUGUUAAGCCUCAAGGUUUUGCUGGCAGCAGCUCUGAUUCUGAUCACGUUGGCCACUAUACUCUUCAACACAUUUGUCAUCAUCACAAUUAUCUUAACCAGAAAACUCCACACUCCUGCCAAUUAUCUCAUUGGCUCCCUGGCUACCACAGACCUUCUUGUGUCCAUUCUGGUCAUGCCAAUCAGCAUCGUGUACACGGCCACUCACCUGUGGACCUUUGGCCAAGUCAUAUGUGAUAUCUGGUUGUCCUCGGACAUCACCUGCUGCACAGCCUCCAUCCUGCAUCUGUGUAUCAUCGCCUUGGACAGAUAUUGGGCCAUCACGGAUGCUCUCGAAUACACCAAACGUCGGACAGCUUGCCGGGCUGCCAUCAUGAUUGCUAUAGUUUGGGUUCUCUCCAUCUGCAUCUCUAUCCCUCCCCUUUUCUGGAGACAAGCCAAGGCUCACGAGGAGCUGGCCACUUGCGCAGUCAACACAGAUCAAAUCUCCUACACCAUCUAUUCUACCUGUGGUGCCUUUUACAUCCCAACUGUGUUGCUGGUCAUCUUGUAUGGCAGGAUUUACAUCACCGCUCGAUCCCGAAUUCUUAAGCCACCAUCUCUGUACGGGAAGCGUUUCACCACAGCCCAGCUGAUCACGGGCUCUGCGAGUUCUUCUCUCUGCUCCGUUACCUCUAAUCUUCAUGAGGAACCUUCCCAUCCGCAGAGCUCACCGGUGGUUAUCAAUCAUGUGAGGAUCAAGUUAGCCGAUUCCAUCCUUGAAAGAAAGAGGAUUUUGGCUGCGCGAGAAAGGAAAGCUACCAAGACCCUCGGGAUUAUUUUGGGUGCGUUCAUUUUUUGCUGGCUGCCAUUCUUUGUGGUGUCCUUGGUCAACCCUAUUUGCCAAGGAGCCUGUUGGCCUCUUCAUAUCCUGAUGGAUGUUUUCACCUGGUUGGGUUAUCUGAACUCACUGAUUAACCCCAUUAUAUAUACUAUCUUUAAUGAAGAUUUCAAGCAGGCAUUUCAGAAAAUAAUCCACUUUAAAAACUGCUUCUAGCCAUCUUGAUUUUGGACCCUGCUCCCAGUCAUAGACUUUAACCUCUUAUGCACAAAGGUUCUGGAAGUUCUCUGGGGUGGAUUAGGAGAUGUUGGUAAUUUUUUUAGGUGCCAGGCACUAUAAAUAAUUAAAUGGAUCCAUAAAAUACCAGAGUUCUUGAGAUUUUAGCAAUGCAGUUCCUAUGAUUUUUGCAUAAGAACACUGAAAUCUCAACAGUAUUUUGCCUUCUGGCCUAGGAUCUUGCACAUAAAUUUGAAAUCUUGUGUGAUUUAGCACCGGGGUGUCCAACCAUGCAACUUUAAGUUCUGUGGGCUUCAAUUCCCAGAAUCUGGGAACUGAAGUCUACAAGUCUUAACGUUGCUAAGGCUGGACACCCCUGAUUUAGUGAAUUCCUGAGAUUUGGGCCAUUUUAUUUAAUGUAUCUUGUUUGUGACUAUUUUCAUUUUGCUGUUCUGUGGAUAGCUCUUAGAGGUAUCACAGAUGUCAUAUGCUUGAUUCUGCUGGUUGGGGACUUUAAUUGUUGUUUUGACCUCAUUGGCUGCAGUCAGACAAUCAUGAAUCAGCUGAACUAGCUGAGAUGUUAAUCCUUCUCUGUCUCCCCCUCUGAUCCUCCUUUCUAAGAACUGAGUACACAAACCAGAAAUGUUCUUCCAUGGACUGCAAUUUCUCACUUAAUGGCUUUGGAAUUAAAUCAGGUUACAAAGGUGUGGUUUGAAGAAGGCCUAGUGUUCUGAUUUCACCUGGAAGAUUGUUUAGGUUUUGGGCUAUUGACCUAAAGAAUUAUCAUCCAAACUAAGUUUUAUCAAGCAUGAUUAUUCACUGUCUUAUCUUAAAAAUGUUGGUUUAUGUUGUUGACUUUUUUUUUUAACUAGUCCCUCUCAGCCAUAUGACGGAGUCAAUGGCAAGCUCCACUUCUGAAAUCUUGCCAACAAAACUUCUGAAACUUGUCCAGGCAGUUUCCAAGAGUCAACACUGACUCAGGCACCAAAACAACAACAACAAAGUAAUAUAAUACAGUUAUUUCAGCCUUAGCUGUAGUAGCAAUGGCAAAUAUAGGCUGUCCUCGACUUACGAUCAUAAUUAAGGCCAGAAUUAUGAUUAUAAAUCAUGCUGGUUGUUAAGCGGGUCAUCAACAUUUGAUUUUGCAACUUUUUUUGCAGUGAUCUUUAAGUAAAUCACUGUAGUUGUUAAGCAAACUCCAUGGACAUUAAGUGAAUACUUUGUCCCCAGGACAUAGAACUCAAAAACAAAUCCUCAACCUUUGUUUUCUUGUCUAGGCUGCUGUAACUUUUAUAAGCUUUCCAAACAAGGCAGAUGUGCUUACAUGUGUGUCUAUUAAAUUGUGUUUAACCCUGGAUAAAAUGGUAAUGCAUGCAGUCUAGAGCAGAUAAUGUUUCUUCAGAGCAUUGUCAAUUCUCUGUAUGGAAAUAUUUUGUUUUAAAAAAUGCAAAACCUUAUAAUAUGAAUGGUCCUGUUUGGAAAUGAUUUUUCUACCUUUUCACAUGUUGGAUCGAGCUGUCAAGACCCUAGCAAAGUAGGUAGCAUGAAAAAUUAUUGCUGUUUUUUUUGUCAGACUUUAUGCCUUCCCACCAAUUCAAUGAUUCAACAGCAGAAAUCCAAACAAAAUAUUAUUUCUAUGAUUUGGUACAUGCUGCAAGCCCUUCAGGGUGGACAGGUCAAGGAACAGGCAUGGUAGGAAUUUCAGGGAUGCUACUGAGAGCCAGUUAGGUGCAGAGAUUAAGGGAUUGGUCUAGAGAUCCUGGAUUCUAGUUUUGCCUUAGACAUAAAGCCAGGUGAAUGACUUUGGGCCAGUCACUCUCUCUUAGCCCUAGGAAGGAGACAUUGGCAAAACGCUUCUCAAAUCUUGUCCGUAAAACUGCAGGGACUAGUCCAGGCAGUUGCCAGGAGUCGAAAACUAACUCAAAGUCAAUCCCACACAAACACUAACUUAC